CUUUUUUUUUUCAUCCGAUUUUUUUUUUUUGUUGUGAGGAAAACUUUUAGGGAUUUAAUAAGGCGAUGAAGACAAGGGCAUAAGGUCAUUUAUGUUCUUCCUGUUCUCCUGCUCCUGAGCUAAACCAAGGCAAGAAACUAUUUCGAUUACUACCACUGGAGAAACAAUAACCCUAGUUUAUGGCUGAAAAGAGGGAUUGCGAUUUAGGAGAAUUUGCGGCAAUGUUUGGAUCAUCAUCUAGACUGUGAAGUGUGUUAUUAUAUUCUCUGGCUUUUCAAGUGGUCUUAGAUCUUCUCCUUAUGUUGGGAUGGAAAUUUUGCCCAUAAGAGAGAGUGCAAUGCCGUAGUUGGUUUGGGAUUGGAAAGAGCUGAUAAACAUGUUAUAUUGUGAUGUAUUGUCUGAGGAUGACUUUGAAGGAUCAAAUCAAGAGCACCAGAUUUUCAUGGAUGUUUUCUAUGGAAGAAACAUCACAGGAGGUGCUUCCAAGAGGUGUAGCAUUACUGGACCUAGUAAUUCUGAAGCUGAGGGAUUUAGACCUACCAAAGCAUCACUUAAUUCAAAUAGUGAUAAUUCGGUGGUCACAACUCAAUCCUCCACUUCCUUUAUGGAGGAUUCAUGCAACAAUGUUGUUGGUGAUUCUGGUUGUUUUGUGACCAAAAAUAUUGCUGGAUUUGGAUGCGGUCCCAAAAACUAUAGUGUCUCUGUUGCACGAGAUGAUCACGAUACUUCUGCUAAGCGAAUGAAGCGGUCAGAAGGCGAGCUUUCUGCUCCGGGAAAUGAGUAUUCCAAUGGUGAUUUACCUAUUCCAGAGAAGGCUCCAGUUCAAUUAAAUUCAUCGAAGGAAAUUGUGCUUAGCCUGCAGUCCGCAGACCUGUUUAACAAUUAUCCAACCAAAACUUGCCCAUUGGUUGAAUCAUCAAGUCAAGGUUUUGUAUGUACUACUUACCUGCAUACACGGCUUGAAGAAGUAAGCAGAAGAGGUCAUGCUCGUGAUGGGAAUGCCUCUAAAAGUAAGCGUGGGAAUCAAGUUACUAAAAGUACAGCAAUCACAUCUCCUGUUUCUCAGCACAGCGUUGUACCCGAGUGUUUGCUGGGGGAUGCAUCUGUUGCACAUACAUCUGUACCUCUUUUACCUGUCCAUGAAAAAUCUCUGGAAUCCUCUCCUUUUACUUCAGAUGCAAUUAAAACCAAUAUGUCAAAUAAAUCUUUAACGGAUCUAUACUCGCGUCUACGUGGCCAUGUCAACUAUUUACUUAAGGCAGCAGGUUGGGCAGUUGAGAAGAAGCAGAUAGGAAACAAACCCUAUGUGGAUACAAUUUAUAAGUCUCCCACUGGGAAAGUUUUUACUGCAUUUUAUAAAAUCUGGAACUUAUUUGGUGAGAGUCUGUUUGCUGGUAAUUACAAGAUGAUACGGCAAGAAAAAAGGAAACAGUGGAAGAAUAUUAAAGAGUUCGGCUCUAACUUAUUAGAAACACUGAUAAAUUUUGAGAAAGAGGAUUCCAGUCAAAUGGAAGCUUCGUAUGCGUUGGUUCAUCAAUGGAGUCUUCUGGAUCCUUUUGUUACAGUGGUGAUGGUUAACAGACAGAUUGGUAGCUUAAGAAAGGGCAUACCAGUCAAAGCAGCCACAACUGUGGUCUCAGAUUUGAAAGAUAGAAAGGACAUAGAGUCAGGAAAAGAGUUUGUUGGGGUUAAAGACCAGGUCAAGCAGUUGAAGGGUUCGGUGUCAGUGCAUAAUAAAUCAGGUAGCACAAAGGUGUCUGGUGACAAUCUGCAUCUUCAGACUGAACAAGAUAGCCAAGAAAAUUUCUCUGUAGUUGGUGAAAAGAGAAAGAAACAGGUUGCAAAAGCUUUGACAGGUGUUUCGAUUUAUUUGAAAGAGCAACAAAAUAAAUGUAUGCUAACAGAUCCUAUGGUUGUGGCUUUAAAUCCGAUCGAAGAAACCACUAAUGACCAAAUUAAACGCUCAAAUCAGAGUUAUGUGCCGGAUACUUCAGAUAGCCAUAUAGAUAGUUUCCUGUAUGAUGUUCCAAUCGAAACUGUAGAUUCAGUGGCUAAGGAGACUGAGGCUGUGCCCACUCAGCAAGAUGGCAGGUUAAGUUUUUCAAGCUUUGUUAAACAGACUACUAGAAGGAUAGAGGCCAAGACCGUGAAAGGUGUGUUACCUGAAGUUGUUAAUGCUGAUGGUAUCGAAUUUGUCAUGCCAAGAUCAACUUCUUCUGUUCCAGGAGGCUCUUUGGGUAAUGAUUUGGCUCAAGGUUCUACGGCGUUGGAGUUAGAGCAAUCAAACUCCAAGGAUCUGAAGGAAACUAAAGUUAAGUUUAUAUAUGAUAAUAGUCAAUUUAGAGAUGAAGUUGAGUCAAUUCCAUUUGAUCUGAAUUUGGGCAUGCAAAACGAAGUAGGUGGUAAGAAAGCAGUGGAAAUUUUUACACCUGCUGAAGCAAUUCCUGAAAUGCGCGAAAGAACUUUGAACAAUCCGAGCAUGAUGAUGAGAGCUGCAGUGGCUCUGAAGCUUCAAACUUUAAGGUGGACCCAACAUCUGAAAAAUCCCAAUUCCAUGAGGCAGACCAAUGGUGCUUUGGUACACAACUGCAGUGGUUCUAAAAACGCCUCUUAUAGUAAAGUCACCAGGUUGGGAAGAUCAGAAGUUGACAAAGAAAAUGGAAGAAAGAGAUCGCGUGGGUGCCAGAUAGAUGAUGAUGAUCUCUUGCUUGCAUCUAUCAUAAUAAACAAAGACCUGAGCACUAACCGCAAGCAGUUUGCCCGAAAACGCAGGAAAUCGUCAGCUUUGAGAAAACAGAAGCGUAAGGAAGGCGGUUGUAAGUUACUCUUGCGAAGUCCUGGGAGAGGUGGAAAGCACUAUACCGAAGGGAGGUGGUCAUCCUCAGGAGCAAGAACUGUGUUAUGCUGGCUAAUUGAUUCCGGUGUUAUAUCUGUUAAUGAUGUGGUUCACUAUCUAAGCCCAAAGGGCGAUACAGUGAUUAAAGAUGGCUGGGUCAUUAAAGAUGGUAUCCUUUGUAAGUGUUGUGAUAGAGUUCUAUCUGUUAUUGACUUCAAGGUUCAUGCUGGUUUCAAGCCCUACAAACCCUGUUUGAAUCUUUUCCUGGAAUCGGGUAAGUCGUUUACCUUGUGCCAGCUUGAGGCUUGGUCAGCUGAAUACAAAGUCAGAAAAGAUGGACAAAGAGCAGCCGAAGGUGACGAGGGGGAUCAGAGUGAUGAUACAUGUGGACAUUGUGGUGAUGGAGGUGUAUUGAUAUGUUGUGAUAACUGCCCUUCUACUUAUCAUCAGGCGUGCUUGUCUGCACAGGAAUUUCCUGAAGGUAGUUGGUAUUGCUGGAAUUGCACUUGUCACAUUUGUGGUGACCUGGUAAUUGAACUUGAAGCUUCAGCAUCUCCUGGUGUAUUAAAAUGCUCACAGUGUGAUCAUAAAUAUCAUGGAACUUGCGCGAAAGAAAGUGGCACCUUUAAAGAGGUUUCUGACACAUGGUUUUGUGGAGCUAACUGCCAGCAGAUUUUCACAGGUCUUCGUUCUCGGAUUGGAAAUUUGAAUCAUAUUGAUGGUGGCUAUUCCUGGACACUUCUUAGAUGUAUCCAAGGCGACCAAAAAGCUCCUUCAGCACAGAAAUUCGCACUGAUGGCAGAGUGCAAUCCAAAAUUAGCUGUUGCUCUUACAAUCAUGGAGGAAUGUUUUGUUCCCAUGGUUGACCCAAGAACGGGCGUAGAUAUGAUACCGCAGGUCAUAUACAACUCGGGAUCGGAUUUCGCAUGUCUAACUUACCAAGGAUUUUACACCUUGGUUUUAGAGAAGGGGGACGAGGUUAUAUCUGUAGCAUCUGUCAGGGUGCAUGGAGUCACUGUGGCAGAAAUGCCUCUUAUCGCAACUUGUAGCGACCAUCGUCGGCAGGGAAUGUGUCGGCGUCUCUUAAAUGCUAUUGAAGAGUUGUUGAUAUCCUUCAAGGUUAAAAUGCUGGUAAUAACUGCAAUUCCUAGUUUGGUGGAUACUUGGACAGAGGGCUUCGGGUUUAUACCCAUGGAAGAUGAAGAAAAGAAGCAGUUAAGCAGCAUCAAUUUCAUGAUAUUUCCAGGAACAAUAUUGCUUAGAAAGAACUUGUAUGAGAAAGAUGCCUGCAAGAUCAAAUAUUCAGAACCAGGUUCUCCGAGGCAGGCAGGAGCCAUAAGAAGUUUUUGUGUUGGUGAUCAUAGUACCGUUGUAAACUCCACUUUGGAUGAUGGUAAGAGUCGUGUUGUUGUUGGGCCAAAAUCGGAGCAGUUGGAACAAGAAAGAAGUAGGGAUGGGAACGAACUUCUCCCAUCACUUUCAGAGAGGGUUCAGUUCCAAGUUUUGUAGAAAAAGAACUUGAAAUCAUCUCUACUACUGUGAGGAAAUAUUCUAGUACUCCGGAGAAAGAAAACUCAGAAAAAGUAAGAAGGUAGUCGUUCUUUUGGACAGUAAAUCACUACCCAAUGAAAGAGAUCAUAAUAAUAUGUACAUGUUGUAGAAUUAAAUGCUGGUAUGGUUACAUUAAAGUAGGUCAUGCAGUUUAGGUUUUUUGGGUCGACCUUGUAAGGAGUUGGCGCACCAAGAUGCUGGGUCAUACCUACAGGUCCCGGUCUUGUUAGAAGGAAAAUGGAUCAAUUUUUACCCUUUUUUGUGAUUGGGAAAAUGUGUUUAUUUUUCCUAUUUUCCUUACCU